AUGAUCCGUGCGCGCGCCUUGAUGAGAUUUAAGCGAUGACGCGUCAAAUCCACCAAUAGUGUCGCUGUCCGAGAAAAGCUCACGAAAGGUGUGAGAUCUUCAGUUCAAACCUCAUCACUUACUGUCUGAACUGAAACAUGGCUGCUUUUAAAAUCUCGUCUUUGAAUGAGUACAAUGGUUUGUUUUACGGAAUUAAACUUUGGAAGUAGGCCGAUACGAGCUUUUUUUCUUUCUUUCUUUCUUUCUUUUCAAAUGACUCGACAAAUAGUCGCCGGUUACUUGGGAUAAACUAUCUGGAGGACAAGCGAGACACAUUUUGUAAGUGGAGUACAGGACAUUAGUUUUUUCUGUGUGAAAUCACAGGCAGUGGACAAGAAUGAACCCCGUGAAUAUGAACAGCCUGAACGUGUCCGUCUCUGGGGACCAGUACGCGUCUCAGUACGCCGUCUAUGAGUCUCCAAUGUAUAAGGACUACAAACCUCCAGCCAGAGAUCUCAUCCAGCUUCCCAGAGCCUUGCUCUACCUGAUGAUGGCCGCGGUGGUGGUGGUCGCUGUCGCUUAUGCCAUUGUGGGACAUUUAAUUAAAGACCUCGCGCAUGACAUCUUGGAUUGGGCUUUGGGUCCGGAUGAGGAGAUCUUAAAGGCCAACAGUGAGGCAGAUGAUAACGGUUCCACACACAUGACACCAGGCCUCACACACUCCCACCCCAACGCCUUCCACGUUUGGGAUCAGGACGACGUGGUCAUCCCCCUCUCUCUGCAGCACAGCCCCCAGAACAGCCCUCUUCUGGCUGUCCUCCCUUUUAUUCCUCACUUCUUCCCCUCUCCUGCUUCUCACAGUAUGCUCAACAGCCCCGCACUGCCCCAAAUACAGCUGGAGGAUAACAAGAGCCCCAACAAGACACCACAAGAGGCCUACAUCUUUCCUUCACCUAACAUUACAGGACAUUGUUCCACUUUCUCACACGUGUCAUUCCAUGAAAGGAGAGACGGGACUGAUAAAGUCUGAACCACUGAACAAUGGCUCACACUAGACUGUAGUCCACGACUUCUUAAAGGAAUAGUUCACCCCAAAAUGAAAAUUUAU